CCGGUGCAGGGGGCAGCCCAGAGCGGAGCGGGGCUGUCCAGGGGAAGGCAGAGCGCGUCCAAGGAGCCGGAGUCGGAGCUCGGGGAGCGGCAAGGGCGCCGGGCAUGACGCUGCUCACCUGCUGUGCGGCUCCCAUGGGGACGAGAAGACUUUAAGGGAGUUGGGCGCUUGGCUGGAGCGGGGCGAUCACGGACCUGGCGAUUCCUGGCCUCGCCUUGCCCUGUCAUUGAUGGGAAAUCAACUGGAUCGCAUCACCCACCUGAAUUACAGCGAGCUGCCGACCGGAGACCCCUCGGGGAUCGAGAAGGACGAGCUGCGGGUCGGGGUGGCUUACUUCUUCUCGGAUGAGGAAGAGGACCUGGACGAACGAGGCCAGCCGGACAAGUACAGCGUGAAGGGCUCCAGCAGCCCUGGCCAGGAGACCCCCACCCACCACCACCAGCUGGUGCUGAACGAGACCCAGUUCUCCGCCUUCCGCGGCCAGGAAUGCAUCUUCUCCAAAGUCAGCAGCGACCCCCAGGCUGGGGACCUGCGCGUCUUCUCGGUCUCGGCCCUGCCUGCCCUCUGCAAGCCGGGAGACCUGCUGGAGCUGCUCUACCUGGGGCCAUCCGACCACCCACCCCCACCCCCGCAAUGGGCAGUCUAUGUGGGCAGCGGGCAGAUCAUCCACCUGCACCAGGGCCAGAUCCGCCAGGACAGCUUGUACGAGGCGGGCUCUGGCAACGUGGGCCGCGUGGUGAAUAGCUGGUACCGCUACCGCCCCCUGGUGGCAGAGCUGGUGGUGCAGAACGCCUGCGGGCACCUGGGUUUAAAAAGCGACGAGAUCUGCUGGACUAACUCGGAGAGCUUCGCCGCCUGGUGCCGGUUCGGGAAAAGGGAGUUCAAAGCCGGGGGGGAGCUGCAGGCUGCUGCCGGCACUCAGCACCAGCAGCAAUAUUAUCUCAAGAUCCAUCUGGCUGAGAACAAGGUGCACACGGUGCGAUUCCACAGCCUGGAGGAUCUAAUAAGGGAGAAGCGCAGGCUCGAUGCCAGUGGUAAACUGCGAGUGAUCAAAGACCUGGCUAUAGUGGAUGGGAAAGAGUAACGAACAAGGGAGGGACAAGGUGCUCCCUUCUUUCCCUGGCUUGGCGAGAGCUGCCUGCCACAGACAGACCAGGGGCUGCGCUCUCUGGUGGGACGCAAUUUAAACCGGAAUCCAUGGCAACAUUCCAGAAAACCAGCAUUUUUCUUACCCCCAUAGCCAGUAUUUGGUUUGGCUUUUAAUGAAGGAAGAAGGAGAGAGAAGCAAAGAGGGGUAUGUGUGGAGGAGAUUUACAAAGUAUGUGGACACAGUCUCUCCUGUCCAUCGAUGUUGGCCAUUCUAGCAACAUGCUAAUAAAAUUUCAAAUUGAAAUUCUUUUUAAUUUAUUUUCAUGGCUUUAAUCCAUGAUACCUUUUAAACAUUUGGGGCCAUAGAAGCAGAUUUAGCUAAAGAGGUUUUUAGCUAACAGCAUUUACCUGUCAAACAAACAGUCUCAAAUCUUCUGCUAGUUCUGUGGGGUGAGAGGAGGUUCUGUUUGUUUUUAUUUCUAAAUGCAUCUUGUAGCCAGAGCCCUAGUUUUAGUCCAGUAAACUAUAGCAAGGUAUUAAUCAGGUGUAAGUGUUUUUUUUACCUUUCUCUGGCAGAAAUUGAUCACAAGUUUAAAAAUCUGUUGUCUUCUUCUUUCUUCCUUCCUGUAUGCAGUUCUUUCUGCUAGAUGUUCUCACAAUACCACUAUUUUACUCUUUUUGAAAAUAGUAAGAGUUUGUGAGCAGCUGUUUUCUUGAGCCCAAAGCCAUUCUGAAGCAUUAAAUAAAUGAUGGAGAGUAUUUUGGUGAGCAAUUUACAUACAUGGUUUUCCAGAGAGCAAUCCUGCAAGGUCUCCUGCUCUAGGUUUGCCUUUGAUCCCACAGAGCCACUACACCAGUACUCGGAGAUUACUUUCCACCUCUUUAUACACUGCAAAGAAGCAAAAAUAGAAUGGAGUUUGGCAUGCUGAGUGUUCCAAACAAUAGCAAUGUGACCAAGUUUACCUUGCAUUUCUAAAUCCAAUUAAAGAAAAUAGGCUUAGUCUAAGUCCAGAAGUCCAGAGUUGCAUAAAAAGAUACCUUUUAUGUCACGAGAUCAAUGCAUUAUUUUUGUAUUUCAGACCCAUUCCAUGUUCAUUCAUUGAUUCUCAGUCCUGAAAUAAAAAUAUCAUAUAUAUAUCAGCUAUCAUUCUUAAGUAUACGGGGACAUUCCUAAAUCUAUUAUUCUUUUUUUAUUAUGUUGAGCAGCAUACAAUUUGUAAUGACCAAGUUAUUUUUUGCUUAUAUGGAUACUGGAAAGAAAAUGCAUUUUGUUUUGAUUUUCCCCUCUCUAUCAAGUAACAGAUGGCAGAAUUAUUGUAUAUACACUCCACCCUCUCUGAUAUACUGUAUCUUGGCUUCCUUCUUUAUUAAACAACAUCAUAAGCAA